UUAAAAUAAAAAGAAAUUAGGGUUUUGCACAUACGUAUUUAAUACGUUUUCAGUACGUAUUUUUCAAAAUAAAACCAUAGAACUCACUCACUUACAUGAAAAAGAUUUCAUCUCUCUCAAUUUCUACCAUUUCCUAACCUCUAAAUCCUCCAAUCUCGUCGCACCAUCGGAGCGCCUUCUUCACCGCCGUCGAGACGGCCGCCGACGCCGUCUGGACCGCCGCCGAAGCGCGCCGCCUUCUGGAAACCCUAAUUCUGGCUCUAUUGAUUAGGUUUCUGAGGUGUUGAAUUGUUGUUUGAGGACAGAAAAUGAGCACCCCCACUCCACCGUCUGUUGAAACCCGUUUUCGAACCGCUGACGGUCGCCUCAAGUAUCCUGGCCUCAUCACAACUGCUAAGAAACACAAAUCAAACUUUGUGCAGCUCUUCAUUAUGUCUGGAGUCCUACUGAUGAGCAUAGGAUCUCUCGGCCAGAAGUACCGCCUUCACGAGCUCACGGAGGAUGCCAUUGUCCUCAAAGAAGAGCAAGAGAGCAUCAUUGCUCGCAUGAAUCACAUCAAGCAGAGCCUACGUGCUGAGGCCGCAGCCGAGCCCACAGGAGCUUUCGCAGCUAGGCUUCGCCUCCUCCUCGGAGAUGAAUGAUGUACUCAUUCCUUCUCCCUCUGAGCUUGAUUUUAUGAAUGGUCGCUGUUUUUGGUGAAUGAUUUGUAUCAGAGUUUUAUUAAUAAUUUUGUGAAAAUUAGGGAUUUAGGAAGAGUUAUGGCUGAUAUUCUUAUCCUUGCGGGAAACGUGUUGUUUCGUUGAGGAUUUUAAACUGAGGUUAUAUAUCUUUAAUGUCUUUGUUUU